AUGAUCAUUGAUCCCAUGCAUAAUUUAUUCCUGGGGACGCCAAAGAGAAUGAUGGACCAGUGGGUUGAUAAGAAAACAAUUGGAGCCAAAGAGUUUGCUGCCAUGGAAAUAAUCGCAGAGACAAUGGUCCUUCUGAGAGAUCAUACAAAGCUGACAUCAAAGAUUGGAAAAGGCUUUCCUUACAUGAAAGCUGACGACUGGAAAUCCUGGGUACUGGUGUAUUCUUCUGUUCUUCUGCAUAGUGUUCUACCAUUUGAAAUGUACAACAACUGGAUGAAUUUUGUCCAUGCAUGCCACUAUCUUAUCAAGUCAAGCAUCACAUUUGAUGAAGUGAACAGUGCCCACAACUAUCUGGAAAUGUUUUGUAAAAAGGCUACCAAACUCUACACUCCCACCAUCCUUACCUGCAACAUGUACCUGCACCUCCAUCUUCGCGAGACCAUUUGUGAUUUUGGACCUGUAUACAAUGGUCUGUUGAAGCAUAUCAAGACAAAUGGAAAAGAUAGUUUUGAGACAACAUAUAUGAGAAGUUUUGUUCAAAAUGCAUUCAAGGGUGACUAUGUCCAUGCUGUUCUGAAAAGUUCUAGUCACCUUUCUCCGAAAUUCACAUCUACCACCACAGUCAUUACCCUCUCCUUCCAUCCAUUCCAAUUGCAAUCAUUCUUACUAGCAUCGUCCAACCCACAUCUUUCUCCAAAGGGUAACGAACCUCUCCCUCCUUCGACUUUUUCUCUUCAGCUAAAAAAAUCAUCACUGAUGGAUGAAACCGACUAUGCCUAUCUGCUUCAGCACUACAAAACAUCCUAUGAUCUUCCCGACCUUGUCAGUUAUCAAUAUGCCACGCUUACAAACUCCUUUGUUGACAAUGAAAUCACAAAGUUGAAGUUUAUUGACUUACUUGGUCAACAGUACCAUGGUAAAAACGGUUCAGCUAGUUGUGGUUCUCUUGUCCACGUAAUGUUUGUUGGUAGUGACAGUAGAAAUACCCUAGUCUAUGCUGGACAAAUACAGUAUCUCUUCACACACUUCUUUACACACCCUUCUAACAGCAAUCUCCAUCUGACUCGCAUGGUUCAUGAUCAUCAACAUGUAUUUGCAUAUAUCAAGUGGUUUAAUACUUCCUCUGAUAGAUCGCGUGAGGAUGACGGUCUUGAGUUUUGUCUUCCCACCUUCUCUCCUGAUAGUCACCAUUGCAUUGUACCUGUGCACCACAUCUUUUUAGAGAUUGCUACAGCCGGGAUUACUACAAAUAGAAAUGUUAGUAAGAGGUUAGUAAUUGCUUUGCCAAAAAAGCUUUAUGCUUAA